CGGCUCCCGUAGGAGAGCUCCGGCCGUGGCGACGCCACGUCCCCUGCGGCGGCGGGAGAAAGAUCAGUUGGGCCUCAGGGCGGCUCCGGGAGGCCAUGGCCUUUACGUUGUAUUCGCUACUGCAGGCGGCUCUGCUCUGCGUCAAUGCCAUCGCGGUGCUGCACGAGGAGCGCUUCCUUAAGAACAUUGGCUGGGGAGCAGACCAGGGAAUUGGUGGAUUCGGAGAAGAGCCAGGAAUUAAAUCUCAGCUAAUGAACCUUAUUCGAUCUGUAAGAACUGUGAUGAGAGUGCCAUUGAUAAUCAUAAACUCAGUUGCCAUUGUAUUACUUUUAUUAUUUGGGUGAAGAACAGUGGGGGAAAUGGAGACUCAGAAGAAGAGAUGCCAGCAGAAGUUGUUACUUCGGUCAUUAUUGGAAUAUACAUGUUAUCGCUGGUCGUCCUUGCACUUGACAAAAAUGUAAAUCUGACAAUAAAACCAGAGUCCCUAUUUAUCUGAUUUUUAAAAAAAUGUUGCACUUACAAUUUCAUUACAAAAAGAUUAGGUCAUCAGAGACAGUAACUGUCCAGAACUGGAAUACAUUUGAUUGCUAAUUGUUAAUAAAAGUUCAUCUUGUGGUAAAGAUUGUUCAGAGGGUACAGGACUGUCACUUGCGUGUUUUUAGAGAUUUUUCUCUCUCACUUCUUUCUCAGGGAUAAAUUUUUUUUCAAAGUUUUGAAGUUCUUUGUGACUUAGCUAUGAUGUGAGAGUGAUUAUCUUCCUAGAUAAAUUUAAAGGAAUUUUUUAAAAGCAAUUACUACAUAUAAAAUGAAAGUCAGUAAUUUGGAUAGUUUUACUUUGAACUCUUUAUUUUGUCUAUGUAUCAUUUCGACUAUGACAAGUUCAAAUUUAUAGCAACUAUGAGCAAUACUCUCUGACUUCAGGGAGAAUUCUAAUUUUGUAAGUCAGUCACAUAGGUUGUGUUUUUAAGUUCUUUCAUGUAUUUGUUAUUUUAUUAAUUGGCCCGAAUGAUGAGUUCAGAUCCCUAUCUACAUAUUUUCAUUGGUAGAAAAAUCUGUGUAGAAAAGUCUGUGCCCUUUUUACAAUAAUAAUUUAUUUUUAAAAAUCAGCCUAAUAUUUUAACCUGCAAGAGCUAUCCUAAACAGUCACAAUUAAACUGUGCUAUGUAAGAAGACUAUUGUGAAGCAUUUACCUCUUCCCAAAUUAUGACAUUUCCGUUCUCUGGAGUAGCACGUUAAGGGGUGUAAUUCUUAAUUUUUUAUUCUGUCUGUCAGAAGAGAUUCAUGUUAGGUAAGUUUUCGUUUUGUUUUUAUAUUCUUAGAUCAUUCCGUAUUUGUUCAUCCCAUAAUACAGUUUAUGCAGGAAGAUUAAAAUUAUGUAAAUGUUUUUUUCUGAAAACUACCAGUUAGAAUAGUUUAAAGGAAUAGAUUGGCAUCUUUGUUUAUAGGAGAACAUUUGUAAAUAAAGUUGAAUUUCCAAGUCAA